AUGCAGGACCAUCAGUCGGAGGCGCUACCCCGCACGAAGGAGGAGAAGAGGCUACAGCGCGAGCGGUUCACGCGGUUACUUCUGCAGUCGCCGCCGCCGGUCAUCCUCUUCUUCUCCCGCGCCGACAGCUCCCCCGACGCUGCCGCGCUCACUUCCGCUUCUACUUCGCCCACAACCUCCGCAAGCGGCCCGCGCAAGCGGAAACGGCCAGCGGGCGCAGCUGCACGAGCCAAGCGGCCCGCGCACCGUCCGGCCGCUGCCAACCAACCGCGCGCCGACGAAGACGAGGAGGACCAGGCCAUGGCUGCAGCCGCGGCGGCAGCGGAGGAGGAAGACGGCGAGGAGAGCGACGAGGCCCCGGUUCGCGAGCGCGCGGCCCUGUCCACCUGCCCCGUGCGACAGUAG